GUGCAAUCCUUAAAUCACUAUACUUGCCCCUUAAUAGUCAGUUUUUAACAGGAUACCAUGGAACUCUGUGCACUUCUGCUAAUGCUCUUGCUGCUGUCACUCGCUCUCUCUGGAUACACUCAACAAGCCAGACCAAAAGCUGAAGUGAGUGUAAGGCCUAGUGAUCGCAUCUUCAGCGGAGAGACUGUCACUCUCAGAUGUGACAUAGAGGAAGGUGACUGGACAUACAGUUGGUAUAAAGAUGGUUCAGUCAUCCCCAUCAGCACGAGAUGGUCCUCACUGCAGAACACAAGAUCCAGGGGGUGGAGUUGGAUCUAGAUCCAACUCCUCCCACCUUCCAUAGACCUAAACCUACCCGUCUCCACCCCCUGAUCCAUAAACCCACCCAUCCCCACCCCUAAACCUACCAAUCUCCACCCCCUGGAUGUGGAUCCAACUCCGCCCCCUGGAUCUUUUGUUCUGCAGUGAGGGGCUACUGAUCAGCACUGAGAGAGUCUACAAAUUCAUAUCUGAUGAUGAGUCUGACGCUGGUAAAUACACCUGUAGAGAAGAGAAGAAACGAGACUCGCGCAGAUCAGAGAUCAUUGGCACUGUUACACUGACUGUAUCAGGUUCAUCUAAUCUACUAACAUCAGUGUUUAUGUACAAACGUUUAUUCCUCCAUUAUACACUCACAGAUGGUUCUUUUGUUCAUAGAUUUACCCAGAGCUUCAGUCACAGCUGAUCCAGACAGGGUUGUGUUCACUGGAGAGACGAUCUCUCUGAAAUGUGCCAUAGAGUCCAGUUACAGUGACUGGAGAUUCCACUGGUCUAAAUACAGCAGCGCAUUCACUGCAGGCGAGAAAUACAUAAGCGCAGAGACUCUCACUAUUGAAGGUGUUUCUGAAUCUGAUCAGGAUAAAUAUUGGUGUUGGGGAGAAAGAGAGAGCAGACCAAUGAAAUCCCAGAAGAGUGAAGCUGUUUUAGUCAGAGUGGAAGACAGGGCGCAGGCGGUUUUGAAGAUUUCUCAGAGCUGGCUGACUGAAGGAGACUCGGUAACUCUGGGGUGUGCGGUGAGAAGCUCCUCCAGAGGCUGGACGUUCAGCUGGUUCAGAGAUGAUCAUGAGCUCCUGUCAGACAGCAGCAGAGGAGCUGAAGGCUCUUACACUCUCAGUCCUGCUGCUGUGAAGCACACAGGAGUUUAUUCCUGCCGAGCGGAGAGAGGAGCUUAUUUCACCGAAUACAGCUACACUCAGCUGCUCUGGGUCACCUCUCGACGGCCUAGAGCUUCCCCUAUCAUCAGUCCAAGCAGAUCUCAACACUUUCUCUCUGACUCUCUGUCCCUGAGCUGUGAGGACCAGAGGAGCUCUGGAUGGAGACUGAGAAGAUACGGCAUGACACUGGAAGAUUGUUCAUCUUCAGACUGGGGGUCAGAAACAGGAUCUACGUGUAGAAUCAGUUCUCUUAAGACAUCUGAUACUGGAGUUUACUGGUGCCAGUCUGAGUCUGGAGAGAAGAGUCAACCUGUGAACAUCACAGUACAUGAUGUUGAUGUGAUUCUGGGAAGUUCUGUUUAUCCUUUAAAUGAAGGAGAUCCUCUCAUUCUACACUGCUUACAGCAACAUACAAACUCCUCAAACCUCAGAGCUGCUUUCUAUAAAGACAGAUCUCUCAUUCGGACCCAAACUACAGAUGACCAAAUGACCAUUCCUACUGUCUCAAAGUCACAUGAGGGAUUCUACUACUGUAAACUUCCAGAGAGAAGCGCAUCACCGAAGAGCUGGAUCGCAGUCACAGAGUCACAAACAGAAUAUCAGAUUUCAGUCUUCAAACGGAUCAGUAGUGUGUUUGCAGCCCUUCCAUAUUUACUUCUGUCUAUCAUUCUGGGCGUCAAAUGGCACAGGGCUAACGGUAGACCGGAUGAAGUCCACACUGAAUAUGUAACAUGAAUUCAAUAAUGAAAUUCCUUUAACUGAAAAUUUUGUGUUUAAUCUUGUACAUUACUGACACUCUAUUCUCCAAUUUGAUACUGAGUGCUUUGACACAAUCUGUAUUGUUAAAAGCGCUA